AUGUUCCAUGGUAAAAUUGGGUACAUGGGUCUCAUGCGAAAACUCAAGAAAAAAUGGAGUCUGAAGGGUGAUGUAACCCUCACUGACAUUGGUUUCAAGUUCUACAUUGCGCGUUUCACUAUUGUUGAGGAUUACCAACAUGUUUUAACACAAGGGCCAUGGAUGAUUGAUGAUAACUAUCUUACGAUUCGUAAGUGGGUUCCUAAUUUUAUUCUUGAUGAUAAUCCUCCCAAGAUCCUCACUGCUUGGGUUCGUAUUCCUAAUUUAGCAGUGGAAUACUUUGAUAGUGCAUUUCUCACGAAAGUAGGCUCAAAAAUUGGAAAAGUCCUGCGGAUUGACCAGACUACAGUGCAAGCAGUAAGAGGUCAGUUCACCAGGUUAAGUGUGGAAAUAGACUUGACUAAACCUCUCAUAGCCAAAUUCUGGUUGAAGGGCUGCGUUUGGAGAAUUCAAUACGAGGGAUUACACAUGAUCUGCUUCAAUUGUGGCUGUUGGGGUCAUAACCAAUCUGAAUGCCCUAAUUCCACCAGUGUUCUGGCUCAAAAUCUGGAAUCUAGUACUGACAAUAUCAUAUCUUAUGAAGUUGAUAGGAUGGACCAUAAUAUAACUCAUGGGACGAGAUUUUUGGCUCUCGCUGAGACUAUCCAGGAGGAAUCAGUUAGGCCUAUAAUUAAGGAAGGGGAGGAUAAUUCCUCCACAGCCAGCCUGGCGUCUGGUUCGCAAGAUCCUAUCAAUCUAGGGGAUUCUUCUCAAUCUCUUCCCAAUAUCCUGCCAGCCACGCAAUCAUUCAAUUUCGGCCUGAAUCCAAAAUCUAUCCUAAAAAGUUUGAAGACUACCCCUAAAUCCAAGGCCAAUAUGGAAAAGAAAAAACUUUCCCGUCCUUCUAGGGCUUCAGUGCUUAGUGAGUCUACGUCCGCAAAAGCCAACCAAACGCUGAAAAAGCCAUCCCAUACUCCCUUCACUGGCAAAGAAAAUUUUGACGCCAACAAAGUUCCAACCACCAGACUUGAACAUCAUGACCUCCAAUGA